ACACACACAUUGAAGAUAUCAGGGACUGCCCCCUCCCCAGCUCUGAUUCUCUUGUACUGUUGUUCUCUCUUUUGCGCUGCCUCUCUGUCUCUCUCUCUCUCCAAAUGUUCAGUCUUUCAAUAGCUCAUCAUUAGUGCUGCUGCUCCAAGGUAACCAAAAGAUUUCUGCUUAUUUAAUAUUUCUUGAAACGAAAGCAGUAGUUCUGGAGCCUCAGCAUUCUUUGUCAAUAGUGCCUGUACAUCUGCAGAAGAAAUAUGCUUGAUGCUGGAUCAAGAAAGGUAACAGGAUGGCUGAGGCUAUUGGCAAAUCUAUGUCUGCUUCUUUGCUUGGUGGGGGAGAUGAGGGCCAAGAGGGUCACCAAAAUACCCCGCUGUCCUACCACCUGCUCCUGCACCAAAGACAGUGCCUUCUGUGUGGAUACCAAGGCUAUCCCCAAGACCUUUCCUCCUGGGAUCAUCUCCCUGACAAUGGUGAAUGCAGCCUUCACUACAAUCCCAGAGGGGGCCUUCUCCCACCUGCAUCUGCUGCAGUUCCUUCUGCUGAACUCCAACACCUUCACUGUGGUAGCUGAUGAUGCCUUUGCCGGUCUGUCACACCUGCAGUACUUAUUUGUAGAGAACAAUGACAUCCACGCCCUGUCAAAGCAUACUUUUAGAGGGCUUAAAUCCUUGACUCAUCUUUCCCUGUCAAAUAAUAACUUGCAGCUACUUCCAAGAGAAAUCUUCAAACAUCUUGACACCCUGACAGAUUUAGACCUAAGAGGUAACUCCUUCCGCUGUGACUGUAAAAUCAAGUGGCUCAUAGACUGGAUGGAGCAGACUAACACCUCUGUCCCAGCCAUCUACUGCGCCAGCCCAUUUGAGUUCCAAGGCCGCAGAAUCCAUGAUCUCACCCCACGAGACUUCAACUGUAUCAGUGCAGACUUUGCAGUUUAUGAGACUUUUCCAUUCCAGUCUGUGUCAGUGGAGUCCUAUGAAUUCAAUGGUGAUCAAUUUGUGGCCUUUGCCCAGCCUGAUUCUGGGUUCUGCACACUGUAUAUGUGGAAUCAUGUGGAAAUGGUUUUCCGGAGGUACCAUAACAUAACAUCUCGAUCUGCUGUGUACUGCAAGCCUGUGGUAAUAAACAACACCCUUUACAUGGUUGUGGCUCAACUAUUCGGUGGAUCCCACAUUUACAAAUGGGAAGAGGACCCACAGCGAUUUGUAAAAAUCCAGGACAUUGACACCACACGUGUGAGAAAACCCAACUUUGUUGAGACCUUUCAGCUGGAUGAUGAGUGGUACUUUGCAGUGGCAGACAGUUCCAAGGCAGGAUCUACAAGCAUAUAUCGCUGGAACAGCAAUGGUUUCUACUCCCACCAAUCCCUUCAUCCCUGGCAUCGUGACACCCAUGUGGAGUUCCUAGAUGUGGAGGGGAAGCAGCGUCUCAUUCUAUCCAGUGCCUCCCAGCCCCCUAUGGUUUAUCAGUGGAACCGCAGUCUGCGGCAGUUUGCCUUCUAUUCCCAAAUUACCGAGACUGCCGACGUCCAGAUGGUCAAGCAUUUUUGGAUACGCAAGGUUCUCUACCUCUGCCUUACACGCUUCAUUGGCGAUUCCAAGAUUCUCCGCUGGGAGGGGCAGCGCUAUGUUGAGAUUCAAACCCUGCCCUCACGUGGCUCCAUGGUUGUGUAUCCAUUCACUGUUGGUCCUCGUCAGUAUCUCCUUCUCGGGAGUGAUUUCUCCUUCUCUCAAGUCUACCUGUGGGAUGACCUCACACACCGCUUCCAGCCGUUCCAGGAGCUCAACAUGAGAGCGCCCCGGGCCUUCAGCUUGGUGUCUGUGGACAACAAAGAUAUCCUACUGGCAGCCAGCUUCAAAGGCAACACACUGGCCUACCAGCACCUAAUAGUGGAUCUUAGUGCUAGAUAAACUAUCCCAGUCAGAUUCUAUAAGUGAACUUAGGUUACACUUUAUAUUUAGAGUCCCAAUUUCCCUCUAUAGAUGUUCUAUAGAUAAUAUUACUAUCAACAUACUUUAAACAAAUGGUUGAUAAACAACUGUUUGCUAAGCUUAAGGUUAGGUUUAGAAUACGGUUUAUGGUAAGGGAUAGAAUAAAGGUUAGGGUUAGGACAUACGUAUGGGUCAGGGUUAGCAGAUAGUUAGUUAAAAUGUUAUAGAUAGUCAGUAGACAAUCUGUAGAGCAUCUACAGGCACACUUUCAGGACUCUCAAAAUAAGGUGUUACCUUAACUAAUUUGUCUGUGCUGUCCUUAUGGAAAAAACAACAAAUCUAAGCCAUGUGACUAAAUAACAAUUUCUGAAGAAUGAGUACUAAUAAACCGGAAAUGCAUGAUAUCUUUAGUUGACUUUGAUUAAACUAAUUAAAACUGGAUGUGUAAUGACAAAA